AAAAUAAAUACAACAAAAUUAAACAUCGCUCUUCUUCUUUCUCUCUCUCUCUCUCUCUCUCUCUCUCUCUCUCUCUCUCUCUCUCUAAAAAUCUCCGCGGUCCUUCCGUUGAACUUUGGAGAUCCCUCUCCCUCCCAUUUUUCCUUUCCAUUUCGGAUCUGAUACUUGGGAAUACGAACUAUAGUUUUGAAAUCGUGAGAGAUUCAUCGAUCGAAGUUGAUGGCGGCUCCACCGGCAAGGGCUCGUGCGGAUUACGACUAUCUCAUAAAGCUUCUCUUGAUCGGCGAUAGUGGUGUGGGAAAGAGUUGCCUUCUUCUACGAUUCUCCGAUGGUUCUUUCACAACUAGUUUCAUCACAACCAUAGGCAUUGAUUUUAAGAUAAGAACCAUUGAGCAGGAUGGAAAACGGAUCAAGCUCCAAAUUUGGGAUACUGCUGGUCAGGAGCGGUUCCGAACAAUUACAACUGCUUACUAUCGUGGUGCUAUGGGCAUAUUGCUUGUGUAUGACGUUACAGAUGAGUCUUCGUUUAACAAUAUCGGGAAUUGGAUUCGUAACAUUGAGCAGCAUGCCUCAGACAAUGUUAACAAGAUACUUGUGGGGAACAAAGCCGACAUGGAUGAAAGCAAAAGGGCUGUGCCUACCUCCAAGGGACAAGCACUGGCCGAUGAGUAUGGAAUCAAAUUCUUUGAAACAAGUGCAAAGACAAAUCUAAACGUGGAGGAAGUUUUCUUCUCGAUUGCAAAAGAUAUAAAACAAAGGCUUGCUGACACUGACUCUAAGUCAGAGCCAGCAGGAAUUAAAAUCAACCAACAGGAUCAAGCAACGGCUGGGGAAGUUGCACAAAAGUCAGCUUGCUGUGGUUGAGGAGGCAGCGUUAUUGUCCAAGAACAAGAAGGAAGGAGGAAAAUACAUGUAUGAUGAUGAUAAAUUGAUGAUGAUUCGUGCUUUGCAUUUCACGCUGUCAUUCUUUUAUAGUUUCUUUCCUAGAUGUUAUUAUAUAUUAAUUCAAAGCUAGAUAUGAUUGUCUUUGCGCCUUGUGUUUGGUUGGGCCACAAAUCCAAUGAUCAUUGAUAUUUUGAAUGGUUAA